GAUUUUUAAUCAACUUCUGGCGCCCAAAUCGCAAGCGUCAUUCAACAAAAUCGAUCGAGUCAAGUAACUUGUUGUUCCCAGCGUCCUCCUGGUACGUGUUCCGCGCUCCGUCCCGACCGAUUCCGACCGAAAUCUGGUUCCAGAAUGCAGUCGACCAAGUCACUCUUCCUGCCGUGCGAAUACUGUCCCGUGGGCACGGUGUUCAAGGCGGAUAUCGCAUGCUGCCGGGAGUGCAAGGCUAUUUUGUUCAUAACCUGCCCGCAUGAUGGAUUCGAUCUUGAAGUUCAGCGCUGCACGGAUUGCACAGAUCGCAUCUUCAGUGAAUCGACGAUGUGCGGUUUCCAUUUUCGGGAAAUGCAUUACUUUUGUCUGGAUUGUGUCCGGGGUGUCUGCUCCGAGUGCUUAGUGCCGAGCGCUGCUCACGGAGGUCACCGAUUUCAGAAGUUGGGGACCCUGUACACGAUCAACAUGAAGCAGGUCCUUCGCAUGAUGAGCAAUCUAUCUGUUUCCAUUAGCAACACGAACAUUGUCAAGAGGCAGAUUGCGAAGAAUCUGGAGUUGGUGGAAGUCAACGAGCAGAGCCUGUUGGCCGAUUUGGAGGGAUUGUACGAAACGGCCAAGCAAAGCAUCCGUGCGUCGGCGAUUCAGCGCAAAACCGCGUUGAAGGAGAAGCUGGCCGUUGAUUUUGCGGCGCCGCGUGAUAUCUUGGAGAGAGAAAUCUAUUCUCUCUCCAAGUACGAACUUAUUAAGCUUCAUCCCGCCCUAAUUAAGCAUAUCACCCAGCAGAUGGCCGCUUGCGUUGGAUAUACCCACCAGGAAGUGGACUCGUACGGAUUCGAAUGCCCACUGAUUCCGCGGUUGACCCUCUCUACGGUUCGUAUCGACAAUAUCACGAAGCGCAAGGUUCCGGUGCAGCUCGCCAUCACCGACAGUUCCGGAUUUCCGUGGACAGCGAUGGUUGCCGUUUUUCCGUGGAUCAGCGUUCAGUUGUUCCCCAAGGAUGAGACCCUGGAAUGCUUUCCGCAUCGCGUGGUCUUUGAGAUUGUUCACCGGGACCUGGCCAAAACGUUACGCCGAUCGUUCACGAUCACGGACCUAUGCGAAGAGAUGACUUUGUGUGAAGAUGUGAAGUUCCUGCGAGCGAACGGCUUUUUGCUGCAGAAUAACGUUAUCGUGUUGCGUAUCGGGAUCCGGUCCAGCUCGCUGGUCGUCGAGAACGAAUUGCUGAAGGUGCAGCAAGAGAAAAAGCAGGAGGCCACCAUGGAGCUGGAAGAAGAGUCCUCGGAACAAAACGUGUGCUGCUCGAGUUUCUUGCAUUUGCCGCUGUCGGAAAACGAGGCGGAAGAAGUUCCAAGCUCGGUCCGCAUCCAUUCCGAUGCCAUCACGGACGCCUUCGGUCACAGGUGGUGCCUCCGUGUCAAGCGCGUCGCGCGGAGUGUCCGCUCCAAGAUUCGCGUCAUGCUCGGGGUGUACAUCGUGCAGCUGGACACGGUUCGGUGCCGCUGCAAAUACUUCAUCAUUCUUCACAACAAAGAUCCGUCGAAGCGAAUGUACACUUCCGGCGAGGAGGAAUUUUCAGCCAUGGAUCAAAACUUUGGCAAGAACGCCUGCAUUGACGUUGCCGAUCUGACAGAAGAGUCCGGAUUCGUGUUUGAUGGGAUGCUGCGCUUCCAAUUUGGCGUGACGCCGAUUACAUCCAACGGAACGGUUAUCGAGGUGGCGCACUUCACCGAAUCUAACCAGCUCGUUACCAAGACCAUCCUGAAGUAAAUGUUAAGUUGUUUGGUGAUUUGCAGGACAAAUGUGUCGUUUGAUAGGUCUGGAAAGAUCUAACUUUUGUUAAUUUUUACUACGUUUAUUUCACGUAAAUUUAGAAUCUGUUGUUUUUCACAAUCUUUUAUUUGGACAAAAGCGCGCUUGUAUGGUUGAAUCCUGAGAGGUUCUUUUUGAUAUCGCCAUCUUAAUCUUUUUCCAAGACUAUAAAUAAAUAACAAUUACCCGACUAGAA